GCGUCUGGCGAAUCCCGGCAUUUCAGUGGAGAACGGAAACGUAGUCGGAGAGGUGGCAAAAGUGCGCCGGUUUGUUGUGACUACGACGAACUUUUCGUUUCGUAUCGCAGUUUCUAUUCAUCUUGCAUUUUUUUUUAAAUACGGGACGCAGAUCUUGAUUGACCCGGGGACGUGAAGGUGAAAAUGCCCCCGUAAACGGAUGCAUUUUUGUGGACGCUGGUGGUAGUGCUCAUAUUUUUUGGUUGAGGGUUGAGUGUAAUGUAAAUAUGUCGUUUUUGAAUCUUAGUGGAUUUCACAGUCCUCCGUCGAGGCCUUUGAUUAUUCCGUCCCCUACUAGUCCUUUUUGUACAAGCCCUAGUCAGUUGCAAGAGGUUACUUUGGAUCAAGAUAAUACGUUUUCAAAUUCUAUGGGUCUGCGUUCGCCCAGCGGACCGAUGCGAGGCAGGUCCGUCAAAGAGUUCGAGGAGCAGCUAGCCAACCUCAAAAAGGAGAAUUUUAACUUGAAACUCAGGAUUUAUUUUUUAGAAGAGAGGAUGGGUGUUAAUUUUAAUUUAGAUAAAGAAAAUAUAGUUAAGAAGAAUGUAGAGCUUAUGGUCGAAGUCGAAAGUUUAAGAAAAGAGGUCCAAGAAAAGCACGAUCUGUUAUGUCAAGCGGUAAAAGCGAUGGAACUGGAAGAUGAAGAACAUAAGAAGUUGUUGUGCGACAAAGAUGAAGUUCUAACGGAAUGUCAUCAGGAAAUCGAAAAUCUCAAGUCCCAGUUACUUGACUUAAAAGCGGAAAGCGAAAUUUUGUCAUCGAAGUGUUAUCAGUCGGAAUUAAUGUCAAACGAAGCAAUCAAUACACAAGACAGUGCGCUGAAACAUCUCCAAGAAAAAAUCAAUAUGCUGGAAGAAGAGCUGAGCCAAGAAAAACAAAACAGCGCCGCCAUCCAGAUAAUCAUGGACCAAAACGACUCCCAGAUCGGCAGCCUGGCGGCGCAGCUGGACGAAGCCACCAAAAAACUCGCUUCCAAAGAGGGAGAGCUCCAAAAGAUCGCGUGCCAGCUGGACGAAGCCAAGGCCAAGUACCAGGGCGUCCACAAGCGGCUGCUUGAGAAGACGCAGCUCGUGGAAGAGCUGUCCGCGGACGCCGAAGAGCUGCGUCGGCGGCAGUCGCUCACCGCCGGCGACCUAGAGAAAGAGCGCAAGCGCUACGAGAAGCUCAAAGCCAGUGCUGACCAGAAAACCGCCGAGCUUCAGUGCAAACUGGAAGCUUCCUUGGCCGAACUGAAGAAGAGCCAGGAACUUGUGGUGUCUAAGAGUCCCGGCCGGCGAUCCGGAAAUACUGAUGCCGAUUCAUUUUCAGUUCAGAAACCAGCAGCAUCUCCUGGAUCUCCGCAAAAAGACACAUUCGUUCUUCCAACAAUCCCUUCGCCGGUAAUCACUCCCACUUCCUCUCCUUCUCCCUCUGUCAAUUUCGCCUUUGACAAUGUCACCGAGCUUAAACAUAUUAUCGAGCAGAUGAAGACCGAGCGCGACUCGCAGCACCAGAAGAUCGUCAAACUCAAGGCCGAGCAGAUGAAGGCAUGUAAGAUCAUCAAGAGCAUGAUCGAUUCGCGCAACAAGACCAACGAGGAGAUCGUCGCGUUGAAGCAGAGGAACGACGACCUCGAAAAGGAGCUGGAGGAGGCGGCGUCCAAGUCGAAGGCAGAGGGGAACGGAGGAUCGGAUGUGUCUACCAGCGACAGCCGCACGCCUAACGAGAAUUCAAUGGACGAACAAAGCGGGGAGUUGAUUGAGCAUUAUAAAGCUCUGACUGACGAACUGGACGAGAAGAAUAGGAUACUGACUGCGACGUUAACCGAAAAAGACAAUCAGAUGAAGAUGUUGCAAGAACAAUACGAGGAGAUGUUGCACAAUAUCAAGGAAAAGGAAGAACACAUCGUCGACUUGGAGUUCGAACUGUUAACUGUAACCCAAGACAAAAACGGGGUAGUUCGUGAAAUCGACACCGACAAGCAACUCGAAUACUACGUCAAACAACUCAAAGAAAAGGAGGAAGAAAUCGAGCGACUGAACACAAAGUUGCUUAAGAAGAACUGCGACCUGCAGGGACUCGUCAACAACGAACUGUGGGAGAAAAACCGCGAAAUCGAGAAACUCCAAAAAAAACAAGCGUCGAAGUUGCUCGAGAACAAAGACCAGGAGAUCGAGAAGUUGCAGAACGAUUUGAAAACCAAAGACGAGCAGUUGGGUUUGAUCAAAGACAAAAUUUCCGAACUAGGUUUUGAUAUCGACCUUGACGGUGGAGACGUGACCAUCGAAAAUCACCUACAAACCGAAUUGGAGACGUCGGAGAAGUUGCGACUUGAAGCGAACGAACUUUGUGCCGUCUUGAGCACCCGACUGGAAGAGCUGGCGAUAUUUUUGGACUCGUUGCUGAAGCAAAAGUCGAUUUUGGGCUUCUUGGGGCAGAGCGAAAACAAGCGACUGCGCCAAAUUAUCGACCAGAGUCUCGAUUUGUCCAGGUCGUUCACGAUGAGUAUGAUCCUCCAGCCGGAGCAGAGCCUGCUACAACUGACCAACAUUUCAAGUCUUUUGAACGAUGUUGAAUCGAAAGCGCAGGAUGAAGGCGACGCUGGAGAAGAAAAUCGGGUUAGUAUAGUCCCGACGAACGUCAGUCUUACGUUCAAAAGCCACCUUCAAAUGAAGGGUGAGGAAGACAACUCGCUGAUCAUUCAAGCGCUUCGCCAGCAGAUCGUCAAUCUUAAGUACGAACUCCAAUUGAGGGAUGUGGAGUUGAACAAAAUUAACAUUUAUACGAACUACACUGAGUGUUCUUCCGAUAAGGACGAAGAUGUUGCUAGAUCGAAUUUGAACACGACUUCAACUACGCUGAAGUACAAGAGCGACAACCAGUCGGAGUCGGAAGCGUGGUCUGAGCCCGAUCGUUCCGUCUCAAGAGCUAGAAUGGGGCUUCUUGAAGGCAGCAACCGAUCAGUCUCGAGUAAAAAAAUACAGCCGAAUACUUCAACCGACUCGACUGAAGACGAAGAUGUGGACAGAACAUCCAAAGUAUCAUUGAAAAAAGGUUUAUUAACCGAAAGUCGAAGCACCAUUUUAGAAUUGCACAAACAAGUUUGUGACUUGGACCAGAGGUUAAACCAGAAGCAGUCAGCCUUCUGCGAAGUUACGAAAAUGAACAAGAAACUUCGCCAAGAAAUAGAAAACUUAGGAAUCAAGUUGGGGGACACGGAAACUCAGCUAAGUGAAGCGCUAGAGAAAAAAGAACAAGCCGAAAAUGAAGUCCAGCUAUCUCAAACGAAAAUCAAAGAACUGGAGGAAGAAAAACAAGAACUGGUUUUGACUUUGGACAAGAAAAAUGUUGAAUCUCUAGAAAUGCUCACUCAAAUUGAGUCGGAAAAAGAGCGCGCUUUGGAGGCGGUCAAAGAAGCGGAAGCAGCUGCCACAAUAGCGACGAAUGAUAUGAAAAUCGCUGAAGCGAAAUUGCGCGAAGUCCAACAACAAAUGAACGAACUAGAGAAAAGCCUGAAAAGCGAAUAUGACAGACGCUUGAAAGUACUCGAGGAAAAAUCUUUAACCAAGAUCAACGAAAUUCAAAGCAACGCCGAACUCGAAAUUAAGUCGCUUCAUAUCACCAUCCAAGAAAUACACAGCGAAUACGCAAACAAUUACGUGAAAAAGUGCCGAGUCGAGGAAGCCAUUGAAGAAAUCGAGCGGCUAAGAAACGAAAUCGAAGUAUUUGAAGAUCGAAUUGACACAAUCAAACGUGAGAAAGACCAAGUCGUCACUAAAUUAUCAGAAUAUGAAGACAAAUUCAACAUUCUAAGAAGCGACUUAGACAACGCUACUUUACAAUAUUCGGAAGCGGUGCUCGAAAAAACGAAACUCGCCAACGAAAAAGCUCUAAUAGAGCAAGAACUCAACAGAAAUUCGUUGAAGGAAGUUGACACAAGACGGAAGCUCGAUCAGGUCGAAAACGAGUUGUACGAACUGCGUGAAAACCACCAGAAACAAGUGAGCGUGCUGCAGACACAAAAAUCCAAACUCGAGGUGCGCGUGAGCGAACUGGAAUCCUCAAACGCCGAGCUUCAUAACAAACUCGUGAAAAUUCAAGCUGGUUGUGGAGAUCAUGUAACAGCGUCUGUGUCUCUACCAAACACACCUAAUUUCGUAAAUCAAAUCGUGUCGUUCAGACGCCAGCACUCCGAAAAUUCGGGUUACUUAUCAGAGGAUCACUUGUUAGACGAUGCUAGAACUAGCGCUAGAACCCUGAGUAACCGAUUGAUGCCCAAUCAAAACUUCGACAUUGAACGGAAUGAAGCUAAUUCUUCACCAGACUUAGGCAUAGAGAGCGAUCAUGGCAGAUUUUCAAGUCUAGAAACUCACGUGAACGUGCAGAGACCGCUUCUGCAAACUUUGGAAUUGACUGAAUCAAUGAGUAAUUUGUUAGACGUGGAAAAUAACGACGCCCAGUCGGUUAAUUGCGAUGAUUCCCACUGUUGCCAGAAAACCAUGGAAAUGGCCCAUGAAAAUAGCGACUUGAAACGUAAAUUAUUGAGGACGAGGAGAGCGUUGGAAGAAACGGUGACCCAGUUGACAUUAGCCAAUCAACGGAAAAAGCAAGUGGAGAAAACCAUUUGCAGACAAAUUCAUAAAACAAGUCAGGUAUUAAGGAAGGCAAAAGCCAAUUUAGAUUCGGGUUCAGAGACUGAUGUAUACAAAAAGUAAUCGUCACUUUAUUUAUAUUAAUUUUUGUAUGUAUUUAAGUGUAGUAAAAACUAUUUUCCAUUUUUCUUUCUUAUUUGUAUUGUUUUUUAAUUUAAGGACGUAAAUGACUGGAAUGUGAUAUUUCCUGUGUCUUCUUGUGCCAAGAGUGUACAAAAUUCUCGUAGUUUAUUGUUAAUAAAGUUGUAGUCUAAGUGUUAUUUUUAAGAAAUUCGUUUGAAUUUUAAACAGUAUUGUGAUAUAAGUGUAUAUUUUAAGAAGUUGUAAAUAUUAACUUUGAAAUACUAAGUUUUUGAUUUUUGUAUAAA